CAGAAGCGAGGACCGGUUACUGUGAGAACGAAUAACCGGAGUUCGACAAAGCACUUCGAAGUCUGAAGGAACGAACUGUUUCUCGCCGUUGUUCAGUCUCCGGCAAGCCGACGGAGGUGAAUAUUGACUGAAGCCUGUAGAAGUGAACUUGGAAACAUGAAUGUGGAAGAGUGUGUAGUUCCUCAAAUGAAGCCUGCUGUUGUUUUGACUGGAACUGCCAAGGAAAGAUCUGGACCACUUGUUGGUCUGGUUGACAUUGGUGUCAGUGAAGGUGCUUACUUUUUUCAGGUUGCCUUGCCUGGUGUUCGGAAAACUCAAUGUAACGUGAAGUGUCAUAUCCAACGUGAUGGGAGGGUGCAUAUAGAAGGACUGAUAACCGGUGGAGGAGUUCUGCAGGAUCCUUCAAGUUUGUACGAGUUGAAAGUCCAGCAAUUAUCUCCACCUGGACCAUUCACAGUCUCUUUUAAUUUGCCGGGACCUGUUGACCCAAGACUAUCUUCGCAUAAUUUUAAGUCUGACGGCAUCCUUGAAGUCAUUGUCAGGAAAUUCAGACGGCCUAGUGUUCUGCCGGAUGGUUUUCCGUCUUUGUAAUUUGAGGACUACCAAACCAAAAUUUACAUGUUAAUCCUACAUAGCCUUGUUUGGGAAAAUUUGGGUUAUAUUGUGUUGUGAAAGGACACUCAUCACUGUGGACCAUGCUUCUGCUUACUACUAGAAUUUUUUAUUUUUAUUUUUAUUAUUAAUUUUUGUGGGUAAACUGUAUACUACGGCUACUUGUGCAAGAGUCCGAUAUCAUUCAAUGCACCUUUGACAUUUGCCUUGACAGUA